AUGCCGCUGUCGUGGGGUGUGAAAAUCAAGAGGAAGUUGAAAAGCGUGGCUCCUUUCCUGGGCAGGUUCAGGCCGCUGGUUGGACAGUGCUGUCACCAAUGCACCCCGGAGAGUCUGGGUCUGAAGUUGCUGCGUAACACUCCUCCUCUGGGCUUUCAGAACCUGACGUGUGUGAACGAGACACACACCGGGUACCGUGGCUGGUUAGUAAGGAGGGUGUGCUGUUUGCUGUUUGUAUGGGGCUGUGAAGUUCACCCCAGCCCUGCUGGAGACAGACGGCACAGAGUCUACGGCAGCGAGAGAGUGAGGCAGGCUUUGAUGACGGCAUGUUCACCAGAUGAGACCAAGGCGAUGGAGCAGGUGAUGCCUGAAGUCAGAAGUCAUUUAGGCAGACUUUUGACCAUCACACAGACCAUCAUCUCCCCCUGGCUACUCAGGCUGGUGAGCUGGAUGCUGCUGAAGUUCUUCAGUUUGAUCUUCUGCAGUGUACAGGUCAACCUCAACCAGAUGGCAGCUUUACAUCGUGCCACACAACUGAAAUAUCCACUGGUCUAUGUGUGUGUUCGGCAGAGCGGCAUCGAUCACGCUCUCAUUUGUCUGACUCUUUUCUGCCACAACUUGAGGGUUCCCUACACCAUUUACCCAGCCCACGUCCGACAAACCUGCCUAAGGUCCAUCCUUCAGAGGCUGGGUGUCGUCUUGCUCCCAGAAGGCAGUGGCUCAGAGCGAGACGCUGAGAUGGACAGCCUCUAUUCUCCAGUCAUGACCUCUUUUAUUGGUGAGCUGUUACGAGAGGGGGCCGCAGUCAGCGUGGGCAUCUGUGCGUCCGGAGGUCACAGUGGGCAGUGGCUAGCGCGUGUACAUCAGGCCAUCAGUGACGGUCUAGUGCCUGAUGUUAGCGUCGUGCCAGUGGCCAUUUCCUAUGAUUGCCUGCCACGCUAUUUUACACGUCCACAGGCCGGCCUGAUGUCUGCUCUGCGGUUUGCCAUCUCCCUGCUGAAGGGUGAUCACAGAGGAAGUGUUAGGAUCCAUUUUGCUCAGGCUUUCUCUCUGAAGCUACUAAAGUUAUCCAUCCAUCCAAUAAAUAAAUCUAGUACUGCCACUAUCGCACUGACUCUUCAUUUGAUGUACUCUUCAACUACAAGUAUGGCCGUCAUGUCUACCAGUCUGGUGUCCUGUUUGCUGCUCCACAAGCAUCGCAAGGGUGUGCGUGUAUCCGUGCUGUGCAGGGACAUCUGUUGGCUGCUGGAGGAGGUGUUGUUUAGAAACACAGACGUGGGUUAUGGUGGCUCUCUGGUCGGGCUGGUGCAUCACGCGCUCUCUCUGCUCCACCCGUAUCUGCUUCUGGCUGCAGCUCCGCCCACAGGAGAACCCAUCAUCGCACCCCGGCCCGAUCCAGACUCUCUGCUCAUACUGAGCCAGCACUGCGAUUUGCUCACUCACGUCUUCAUACACGAGGCUGUAGGAGCGUGUGCAGUCUCAGCCAUGCUGAGUGGGGUUGUAGGCUGUGGAGACCUGGAGUUUGAUGUUGUUCUGGGCCAGGAGGAGCUGACAGAGAAAAGCCUCCAACUCACACAUCUCCUGUCACCCGGCUUCAUACCGCCGUGUCAAACCGCUCAUGGCUUUGCUCUUGAUGUGGUGGACAGCAUGGUGCGCUGCGGGGUUCUUGUUAUGGAGGAGGUUCAGAAGGAUACACCGGUUUGUGACUUCAUGAAGAGGCAAGGUGUGUUGUCAUGGGCUGCUUCAGACGAUCCUGACCAGAGCAGCGAUUCAGACUGUGAGGAACCAGACGCACACUCUUAUAAGUUGAGUCAGCCGUCUCAGUGCCCGCAGCUGCUGUUCUUUCUCUGUAGUUUACUGAGUGUCCGGCUGAGAGCUCUGUGCUGGGCGCUAGAAAGCCUCCAUUACCUCCCCUCACCUAUCACAGAGAGAGACUGUUUGAGCCAACUACAUGCACACUUGAAGAACCGAGCUCAACUGGACAAAGCACACUACGAGAACUCAUCUAUUGACUUGGUGAGAAUGGUGCUUCGUACCUUCAUUGAUCUUGGGGUGUUGAUUGAGGACGGGCAGAGAGAAGAUGUGUAUCUAGAUGUCAGUCCUCUCUUCUCUCAGUGUGCUCACAAAGAGAAACUCUUGCAGUUUUUCAAACAGUUCAUGUAUAACUGAAAGAGAAAAGUAAAUGUUUGGAAGGGAAGUCGGUCUCAGCUGGGAAUGAUAACAGUAAGCACUUCUGAAAUUCCUGUUCAGUUCUUCAGUGUAGUGUAAAUCAUUAAUUAUGAAUGCUUUUUUGUGUUUAUACGUCUGUUUUGCUGAGAGCACUUGCUUUUUGUAAUAUACGUGAUGCUGAGGCUGCGUUUUUUUGUUAGAUUUGUUGUUGAGAGCCCAGAAUUGGUUUAGUUAUUGUUUGGAUAAUUACUAUUCAGAUGGUUAGAUAAUGUUCUCUGUUUAUGAAGAGCAGAUAAAUUCCUGCUAAAAGUUUUUUUUGUUA